UGAUUUCAGCCGACUGAAUAACUAGAAGUAUUUCUCAAAUUGCGGUUUCAUUGUCGCAGGGCAGAGCCAGGCGAGUUUUCUUUCAGGCGAUCUGUUUGUUCUACAGCGUGCAGAAUGAGGGAGAUUGUUCAUUUGCAAGCAGGACAGUGCGGCAACCAAAUUGGUGCCAAGUUCUGGGAAGUCAUAAGUGACGAGCAUGGGAUUGACCCUACAGGCAGUUACCAUGGUGACAGUGAUCUUCAGCUGGACAGAAUUAAUGUAUACUACAAUGAAGCUACAGGUGGAAAGUAUGUCCCCCGUGCUGUGCUGGUAGAUCUGGAGCCGGGUACCAUGGACUCUGUGAGGUCUGGACCUUUCGGGCAAAUUUUCAGGCCUGACAACUUUGUUUUUGGCCAGAGUGGUGCUGGUAAUAACUGGGCCAAGGGCCACUACACAGAAGGUGCUGAGCUGGUGGACUCAGUCUUGGAUGUGGUGCGUAAGGAGGCUGAGAGCUGCGACUGCCUGCAGGGUUUCCAGCUCACUCACUCACUGGGUGGUGGUACUGGCUCAGGCAUGGGCACCCUGCUCAUCAGCAAAAUCCGUGAGGAGUAUCCUGACCGCAUUAUGAACACCUUCAGCGUUGUCCCCUCACCCAAAGUCUCCGAUACAGUGGUGGAGCCUUACAAUGCCACACUGUCUGUCCACCAGCUAGUAGAGAACACGGACGAGACGUACUGCAUUGACAACGAAGCCCUGUAUGACAUCUGCUUCCGUACCCUCAAGCUCACAACACCAACCUAUGGUGACCUUAACCACUUAGUCUCUGCCACCAUGAGUGGAGUCACAACAUGUCUGAGGUUCCCUGGGCAGCUCAAUGCUGACCUGCGCAAACUGGCUGUCAACAUGGUGCCCUUCCCCCGUCUGCACUUCUUCAUGCCUGGUUUUGCCCCACUGACCAGCAGGGGUAGCCAGCAAUACCGUGCUCUCACUGUACCUGAAUUAACCCAGCAGAUGUUUGAUGCCAAGAACAUGAUGGCUGCUUGCGACCCACGCCACGGCCGCUACCUCACGGUGGCUGCCGUUUUCCGCGGCCGCAUGUCCAUGAAGGAGGUGGAUGAGCAGAUGCUCAAUGUGCAGAACAAGAACAGCAGCUACUUUGUUGAAUGGAUCCCCAACAACGUGAAGACAGCUGUGUGUGACAUCCCACCCCGUGGCCUGAAGAUGGCUGCCACCUUCAUUGGGAACAGCACUGCCAUCCAGGAGCUGUUCAAGCGCAUCUCCGAGCAGUUCACAGCCAUGUUCAGACGCAAGGCUUUCCUGCACUGGUACACAGGUGAGGGUAUGGAUGAGAUGGAGUUCACAGAGGCUGAGAGCAACAUGAAUGACCUGGUGUCAGAGUACCAGCAGUACCAGGAUGCGACUGCUGAAGAUGAAGGAGAGUUUGAGGAGGAGGGAGAAGAGGAGCUGGCUUAAAUAUAUAUUUUGUCAGUCAUUUUUUCCAUGUUUUUCUGUUCACAACUUUCCUUUUUUUUCCUUUUGACUUGUUUGUCAAGUUGUUUCUCAGAUUCUGUGUUUCUCACUUAUGUUCCUUCCAAGUUCUUUGUCUGGUUAAUACCAAAUAAACAUGCAAUUAAUAA